AUGACGUAUAUACGCGAUCUUGUGGUAGUUCCUCACCACCAAUAAUCCAUCACCGCUAAUAAAAAUAAAGCGAACAAACUCCAUCGAUCAAUAAUACAAUCUCAAUUGUCCAGAUGAUUCAGCAGUGAAAAAAAUCCUGAACUAAUCCUGAAUUACCCACAAAGCCUGGACAUCAGAAUCGACAAGAGGCCUCGCGAGUGUGCGUGUCUCGGUCAAUCUGCCAUGAUAGGUCGGAGCGCGUCCCCUUCGCGACCCGAAAAAGUCGAUGAAUAAACCACGAAAUGCAGGAGCUCCUCUGUGAGGAGCAGCACUUUAUGUGAGUGUAAGGGUUGCAGAAUGGUGGUGGAUAGUCUUUCAGUUCAGGGGUCGGCAGCGACAGUGAGGAAGCACGAGCGUAGACUCGGUGGCAUGGUGGGAAAUAAGAUGCAGCCAAACGGUACUGCCGGUGGCGGUAUGACGCCCAAGGAAUUGUGUGACAACGACGAUCUUGCCACUUCACUUGUGCUCGAUCCGUACCUGGGCUUUGUCACCCACAAAAUGAACAUUAGGUAUCGACCAUUGAAGGCAAACAGGGACGAGCUUCGAAAGAUAAUAACGGAUUUCAUUCAGGCCCAGAACUACGAGAAAACAUACAAAAAAUUGAUGGGUGGGGAUUGGGGGGCGAGACUGCCGCACACAAAAUCCAAACAACAACAGAUUAAUUUACAAGGCCAUGUCUAUCGUUAUCUCAGGGUUUUCGACAAAGACUCGGGCUUUGCAAUCGAGCCGUGCUACAGGUACUCCCUGGAGGGUCAGAAGGGUGCGAAAAUAUGUGCCACACGUAAAUGGCUGAAGCACGAUAAAAUCCCCUGUCUCGUUGGUUGUAUCGCUGAACUGAGUGAGAAAGAGGAGGCUGCCCUUUUGCAUCCUGGUAAAAACGAUUUUUCCGUUAUGUUCAGCUGUAGAAAAAAUUGUGCACAGCUGUGGCUUGGUCCAGCUGCAUACAUUAAUCACGAUUGUCGGGCCAAUUGUAAAUUUGUGGCAACUGGUCGUGAUACUGCCUGUGUUAAAGUACUGAGGGAUAUUGAAAUUGGCGAGGAGAUAACUUGUUUUUAUGGGGAGGACUUUUUUGGCGAUGGCAAUUGCUUCUGCGAGUGCGAAACUUGCGAGAGGCGGGGCACUGGGGCAUUUGCCAGUCAAAAGCCCGGGGAUGAGUUGUCGACAGGCUACCGUCUGCGAGAGACGGACAACCGAAUAAAUCGAACAAAACACCGGCAGCAGCCGCCGAGCUCCAACAAACAAGUGGACAGCGCCCUGACGGAGCGAAACGCAGUCCUAGUUGGUAACGCAGCAGUGGCCCCCCAGUCCCUGAGCAUGAAGGAGUUACGACGCAAGGGACUAACGAAGUACGACGCAGAGCUCCUGAUAGCGCAGGGCUGUCGUUUCUCGGACAUAGCCCAGCAGCAGCCACUGUCCCUGGACGAUGGCACCAACUCAACUCCAGCAUCACGACCACAUCCGUCCCCUAUGAAUGCCCAUGGCACGAGGAAUCUCCGCAACAAACAAUCCACCAAAACCGAAGCCAACAACAACAACAACAGUGGAAACGUCAAGAAUGGCCAGAGUCUCAGGGCCUCGAGACUCCAAAGAAGAACAGAGACGAAACGUACACGUGCCAGUGUAGACGAACGUCCAGCCCCACUAGCCGACAACAAUCGUGAUACUGAUGUCAAUCACCAUAAGAAUGAAUACGAGAGAAUAAGCAUCACAAGAUUCAGUGACGAGUCCAAAGAGAAUCCCGGUGACUCGAGAAUUCACGACACAAAUGCGAAAAUCGAUGGCAAAAUCAAUCGGACUUGUUCAGUGUUGUCGAAAAAUUCCGACUUCGAUGAUUUGAAUUCAAAGAGUGAAAAUACCAAUUUAAUUGUUGAUAAAGAGAUUGAGGAGUCAUCACAAAAUUGGAGAAAUCCAGCGACAGUUUCUCUCAAUGGAAUGAGCAAGAGACGAAAGUCAAUUCAGUCUUGUGGGGAUUCGAGGGACAUUGAGCACCGAAAAUCACCAGCGCACGGUGAAACCCCGAGGAAAUCGAACUUUGGACAGGUCGAGGGACAAACAGGGAACUCCGAGGGUGAGGAGUUCAUAAAUGCUGCCAAGACUGCACCUAUGGAGAGCGAAUUCUCCAAGGGUUUCAAUGGUACGCAUCCUGCCAAGAAGAGCCUGGAUAAAAUCAAUAACAUUCAGAACGAUUGCACUAGGAUAAUCGAGGAAAAAUGCCUUGAGAUUCGGCGAGAAGUGGACGGAAUCCUGGGUAACAGUGACGAUUACGAAAUGGAUUACAGUGAUGAUAAAUGUGAGAACGUGGACGAACAGCUGAUGACAGUGAAAGACUCGAGUUCGAACAAAUCUGAAGACUCCAGAAGUUUAACUCUCAAAAGAUCAGAGGACACACCUGAAUUACUCCAGCAAACGACUCCAAAAUCCAGGAGAAGAAACAAACGUUGUCGUGGGGGAGUGACAAAGUCCAGAAAACGAAAGCUCAUUGCUGACAUCAAUGCUAAAGAUGAUUCGAACCCCUCCAAGGGUCGAGGGGAGGUGAAGGUGAAUGGCAGACUGACGAGGAGUUCGAAGAGGGAUCAGAAGGUGACGACGAGUGUAGUUGGAGCUGGUGACGACGACUCAGGGAUCCAGGGAGACAUCUACGAGUUCAACGAGAAGGAGAGUAACCCAGAGGAGACGGAGGUAAUCGGGAGAACCAAGCAGGAGAGCCACGAGGACCCCAGUGAAAGCAGACUCCAGGAGUUUAGUAAACUCGAGGCACCAGUUCUGGUGGCUGAGAAGCCAUGGCCCACGAAAAAGGACGAGGCCAGGCACUCCAGGGAGCCUUCAUUCGAGCCAACCGAGAAUCAGUACAGAUCAAACGUUAAAGAUUGUAUUCUCAAGAAGCCUCAUCCCCCUCCCCCAGAGAAUUGUCACUGGCAGGCAGAGACUCGUUGCAGGGAAUGCCCCAUCACUCCAGAACGUCCUGGUGGACGUUUAAAGCUCACGCUCCGCAUGAAACGUUCACCAAUUCUCGAUGAUAUCGUUGAGUCUGGCACGAGUCUCAGUGAAGACAGCUAUGAGCCUGAGUACGAGGUGCUCAGGGUCGAGGGAGUCGAGAGCUCGAGACGAAAGAAAAAACACAAAACUCGUGAUCGCGAGAGACGACAUAAAAAACGGGAAAUACAUCUCGAUCCACCUCCACCACCCAUGAAGAGACUCCGACUCAUCUUUGGGAAUGAAACACACACCAUUGAUCUGCCACACUCUUAACGAUUCACCUCUGGUUAAAUUAAUGAUGGGCAAACUUGAGGUUUAAUCGUUUAUCGAGUCAUCGAGGGGCGGCAGGAUCACUUGUUUUUUAUAAAUAUUGCAGGUACAUCUGCAAUUCGAAGGGAAAAAUACUUCAAUUAUACUAUUGUACAAUAGUAUUAACGUGGAAAUAAAUAACAGCUUGAGCUGUUUAGGUAGAAAUUAGUAUUACUUAUGUACUCGAGAGAAUUACAGAGGCAAAUUCAGGAAAUUUAAUGGUUAAAGGAAACUACUGAAUCGAUUUCUGAUAUCAUUAAAAUUGUACAUAGCGAUUACGUUAAGUAAAGAAAUCGUACGACAAGUGUGGAUUAA